AUGUCUUUGCUGACGGUCAACGACAGACUGACGCUUGGAGAUAAGUUCAAAGGGACAGUGAGGUAUAUUGGGAGAAUAAAGUCGAAGGACGGGAAGUGGAUAGGAUUGGAGCUGGAUGACCCUGUAGGGGCCAACAAUGGAAGUGUCAAUGGAGUAAGAUAUUUUCACUGCAAGGACAGGCAUGGAAUAUUCAUAAGAUAUGAGAAGAUCAGAGAGGGUCUUGUGUGCGAGCCCAGAGACAUAGGCGAGCCAAGGACUUUGGAACACCAGGCUCACGUCUACGAAUCAAAGAUAAGAAGGCUGGAGGAAACGAUAGAGGGACUUAAAAAUACAGAGAGAGAGGAGAUAGUUGGGCUUCGAAGGGAGAACGAGGAAAUAAAAAAGACCAUUCUUUUCCUUCAAAGGAGAAUGGGCCUGGUGGAGCCGGAGAGAAAUGAGAAAGUUUACUCUGAAUUGAAAGAACUUGCAGAAGAAAGCAAAAAGCAUGUGUCGGACAUGGUAGAUCUUGUUUCCGAUGUGUGCGAGAUUCUGAAUAGAGGUAAGACGAUGAGAGGGAGUUCUGUCAAAGAAUGCGAAAGACACAGAGUUGUGUUUCUAGUCAGCAGGAUCAUCGACGGGGUUCUAGACGGUGACAUGGAAGCUGUUGAACACUUUAAGAAGGAGUUUGGAGAUAUAAUGAAGAAGCAUGGAAUAAGUGUUGGAUAG